AUGGGCUACGUGCCAGUAAUUUGCAAACGGUAUGCUGAAUGAAUGAAUUGAAUUAUCAAAGACUCCCUUGAUCCCCAAGUUGAUGGCACCGUGUCUCGGUAUGAUUUCCUGCUCUUGCCUUGCCUCUUCCCCCAUCAGCCCUGCAAAGCACAACAGCCCCCUUUUCGGUGUCAGGGUGAAGGAUGCCUUCGGGGAGAUUAAAACAGCGCGCCGGCUCAGUUUAGGAGAUCCUGAGCGGAGCGCCGCGUCGCCUGAGGUUUCCCCGCCCCUGCGAGGGCCGAGCACACAAUCACAUGUUUCAGGUCCGUCGGGGCAGAGUUGGGCAGCCGCCUCCUGGCCCGGCAGGCGUGGACUCCAGGAGCUGCGCGCUGCGAUCCAGCCGGUGGCGGUUCCUCCCCCGGAGCAGGCGCUAGAGGUGCGCGGAGCCCUCGCCGGGAGACAGGUGAGGCGCGGGGAAAGAUGCGCCGCGGGGCUUGCCUUCGAUCCGUGGCUCCCCCCUCGAUUUGGCCCGGCGGGGCUGGCGCGGGUCCUCCAGGUCUGCCCCUCUCCUGGCUCCGGAGCGGGUGCCUCGCCCGGCCCGGCCGGGGAACGGAAACUGGCGCAGGGCGCGGCAGCGGGCGGAACACCGAGCGGCUUCUCAUCCGGCGGCGAAGGCGUUAAUUUCCGUGACGUGGCACGGCGGGGUGUCCUGGGGUCGGGGGGCUUCUUUGGGGUCCCGCGGGGGUGUGGAUCCCCCCCCCGCGCGCGCCCCAGUCAUAAUAAUCGGAGUGGGAUGGUGCUGACUAGGAAGGUCGACAUUUAGGACACAUCGCCAUGGGCACAUGGUUUACACGGGCUAUGAAUAGGUAGUUCAAGGCUGCUUAAAAAGUUCUAAAGUCGAUGUUGGGAACCUUUGGUCCGCAAAAUGUUGCGGAACUACAAUUCCCAUCACCCCUUUUCAUUGACUAUUCUUGCAAGGGCUGAUGGGGGUUGUAGUUUGGCAACCUCUGGAGGGCCAGAGGUUUCUCGCUAUUGUGCUAGGAGAGAGGUUCUUGCCCCUUUAUUGAAUAUGUAUAAGUGUAAAGAGAGAUUCUGGCAGUUCAUAGGAAAGGACAUUCAACUCCACUGUUUCCUGCUACAUUUCUCCCACCCUCUGCCCCCCAUUUCCUCCUUCUGUGUCUCUCUGUCUCCUGUGGCUGUGGACCAAGAAGAAUAUUGCCAAGGGUUUACUCUGGAAUGUUCCUAGUGUUCUUCCCCUAACUACCUAAUAUUUGGCGUUAUAUCUUUUUAUGUUGGGGUUGCAACUGAGAGAUAAUCAUAGCAAGAGAGGUGUGCCAGGAUACUGAAUGCUGUUGGCACAAGGCAUCUGUAGCAUAGAGGUGCUAAUUGCAAGAAACACCAGUGAAAGGACUUUUAAGAGCUCAUAAAAACGCAAAGUGCUAUGCUUCCAUCCAUUAUUCUUAUCAGAUGAUAGAAGCCUGGGCAAAAUCCCAGAGCUUUUGUUCGUCAUUCACUCUAGCACUGUUCUCAGAGAUGGGAAGGAGCAUUAGGUCUUCCUGCUGUUUACAUCUCUAACUCCGUUUGGUAGGAAAUACAUGUUCCCUCCUUUAGUGCUGUGCAGUGCAACAGUGCAUACUUUCUCAGAAGUUGAGUAAACAUGCAUAGGACCACACUGUUAAUCUUUCUCUCUGCCUCUCCGCUUUCAAUAGGUAGCACUGUAUCUUUCUGGGUUUAUUCUCUUCAGGCUGGCUAGCUAACUGAGUUACACUGGAGCAAUUAAGCAGCGACACAGAAUUCCCCCACCCACCCAAAAAAAGGCUCCUUACUGGUCUGUACAUAGGUGACUUUGCAAUCCUAUGCCUUUUUACUUGGCGCAAAGUCACCCUUGUUCCAUAGGGCUUGCUCCCCAGGAGUAUAAGAUUGCAGCUGUACUUGUUCGUAUUUUAAUCCUUUCCUUCCUUCAAGGAGCUCAGGGCUGCAUACAAGGUUCUUCUCCCCAUCCCUCCUUAUCCUUCACAACAAUCUUGCCAUCUCAUUAGUAGGUGGUGUGGGCAGCUUGGUGCCUGACUGAGGAUUUGAACCUGGGCCUCCGUGGUCCAGUACUCUAACCACAGUACCAUGCUGACUUCCACUAUACCCCAAGUGAUGGAACAAUAACCUAGGAAUCUUGCCUCCUGCAUCACUGCCCCUUUCCCUCUGGGCUUCUGAGAGCCAGUGUGGUGUAGUGGUUAAGAGCGGUAGUCUCGUAAUCUGGGGAACCGGGUUCGCGUCUCCGCUCCUCCACAUGCAGCUGCUGGGUGACCUUGGGCUGGUCACACUUCUCUGAAGUCUCUCAGCCCCACUCACCUCACAGAGUGUUUGUUGUGGGGGAGGAAGGGAAAGGAGAAUGUUAGCCGCUUUGAGACUCCUUUGGUGAGUGAAAGGCGGGAUAUCAAAUCCAAACUCUUCUUCUUCUUCUCCUCCAGGCACUGUAGCCAAUCAGAGAGGAUGGGGUUUAGGAUGAAGGAACGUGACUCUUGUGCCUGCCUCUUGAAUUUGCAUUCACGGUUGCUUCUUCCUUCCCCUGCCCCAGACCAUGGCGGCUCUUCUGAAGAGUCUGCUUGCAGCAUCGGAGAAGGCAGCCUGCAUCGCCCAGCUGUGCCGCCAAGAGGAGGCCCUCUUCAGCUUACUCAUUGAGGAGAAGAGAGGGGCGGACAAGAACAAGAAGUUCCUGCAGGACUUCAAGACUUUGGCCGACGUGCUGAUCCAAGAGGUUAUCAAGCAUGAUGUGGGGCAAAAGGUAUCUGCUGCGGGGAAGGGGCCCCAUCACUGUAGGAUACGUAAAGAAGGGUUUAUAUAGCAAUCGCAGGCCAGAGCUAGGGGAAAUGUAGAAGGGGAAAAGCUCAUAGCGGCUGCUGCACUUAUACUAAAUUGGAAGCAGGACCUGGGAUGGAGCUGGAGCCAUAAGACUAUCGGAAGCUGCCUUAUACUGAAUCAGUCCAUCGCACCAUCUAACUCAGCAUUGCCCACACUGGCUGCCCUUGGUUUCCAUGAGCUUGAGACAGGCUCCUGUUCUAGCCCUGCCAGGAAAAGCCAGAGAUUGCACCUGGGACCUUCUGCAUGUGAAGGAGAUGCGCUGUCGCUGACCUACGGCCCUUUGCAGUGGCUAAGCCACACUGCUCCCAAUGGUUGUGAAAGUGGGAACAACCAGGUGCCUUCAUCCUUCUCCUGUUGGAAUAAUAACAGCUCACAUCUAUAAAGUGUCAUAUAUUGCAUGGUCUUUGCAUAAUUUGCCCAGUAAUCCUCAAAAUUACUCUGUAAGGCUACCUUACGAAGGUAGGCCAUUAUUACUAUCUGCAAAUUACCGUAGAUUGAGAGAACAGUGGCUUGCCUAAGAGUUGUGUGGUAUAGAGUGUUAGACUAGGACCUGGGAGACCAGGGCUCAGAUCCAUGAAGCUCCUUGGGUGACCUUGCACCAGUUUUCCUGUGUCAGCCUAUCCCACUUCACAGAGUCACUGUGAGGAUAAAAUGGGGGGGGGGGGGAGAACCAAGUACACCUGCUUGAGCUCUUUGGAGGAAAGGCAGGGUAUAAAGAUAAUAAUAAAACAAUGUCAUCAAAUGGGGAGGCAAUUUUUUAGGCCAUAACUCAGUUUAUUAGACACAUGGGAGUGCCUGUAGAGAGGAUUCUUUCCCUGGGGUUAAGGGAAGAAUUAGAUCUAGCCACAAGCCUGUGUGUGUGUGUGUGUGUGUGUGUGUGGUUGCCCAACCUACUAAGGACAUUACAGAACGCAGACAUGUCAGAGCAGGACCAGCCAUUCAAAUAGUGCUAGUGCAUUCAGGAGAAAAGUCUAGGUUAUUAUUACUAUUUUAAAUACUCCAUUCCGUCAACACAGACACACACCAAUUAUGAACUUAAAACAUAAAAGCCCUAAAGGGUUAAAGAGCUAAAAACACAUAUGAGAAAAUGAACUUGAAAAUGAAUUACAAAUUGUUCAAAAUUCUGUCAUAAAAUGAACAUAAUUUAUGUUCAGUUCACCUGACAAUUAUGGAAGCCGCUCUCAUGUGCAGUUUAGAGAUAUUUGUCCUAAUUCCAUGAACAUCAUUAAACCAAACUAAUUCAUUCCAAGCCCUGAUGCACAGUUGUCUCUUUCUGAUCCAGUGGGAACUAGGGAUGAUGGGGCAGAAAGACCAAAAUAACCUUCUCUUAGACCUGACUCAUUAGUGUGACUAAGCCACUCUCUCUUCUUCCUUUCCCCUUCUCCAUUGUUGGCGCUACCAGUUUCCAGAAUUACAAGAUCAUAUCCGUGGUGAGGAGUCCAACAAAUUUGAAAAUGGCCUCGGUGAGUGAUGGCGUCCUUAAGUGGCAGGGAGAGGGCAAAUUUUUAUUAAUUGCUCUAUCAAACUGCUGGUCCUCUUUCUCGGCUUUAUCUUAAUUAGAAUCAUUGACUGAGCCAUCAUCUUCUGUUGCUGCACACUCUGAUGUACUUUAUGCUUGAAAUUGGACUCCGUUUUCUAUUCCUAAAGUCAGUUCUCCCAACUCCAGGUCCCUUUGUUGCACGCGAAAGACUUUUCUGAACCACACUUGACCUUUUUUAUUGGCUACUGUUCUUCUAGCCUUAUAUUUUUCAAAUCUACCCAUUUCACAACAACUAGUCAUCUGAGGAACCCCUGUGCAUUACCCCUUGUAGUCUCUCUGAGAUGUGUUUAGAUCAGGGGUCGGCAACCUAAGGCUCAUGGGCCACAAGCAGCCCAUGGGAGUCGUUUUACCAGCCCGCAAGCCGCCCUCCAAGGAAAAGCCCUCCAGCAUAAAAACUUUAUUUUUUGGACUUCUAGGGGAGACGGUGGUGGUGCAGGUUUGCCCCACACAACAAGAAACUGCUGCCCUGUUGGAAAAAGUCCUUGACCGGAAGCAAGCGGCAGCCGAGCUGCUGGCUGCAGCUAUUCAUCAGGAAGUGGUGCUUUCAGACCCAGCCCUGGAUGAUGUGGCUGUGACUAUCUCCACAGAGAGCAUGGCUGUGUGGAUUGAUCCCAUAGGUAAGCCAUGUGUCAUGGGUGGAUGUUGGAUUGAGCACUCGAUGGGGUCGGGAAAUAAGAGUUUGGGCUCAGUUGGGCAAGGGGAUCUUCCUCCCAGAGGAUUUCUGCUUGCUUGCUUGCUUGAAUGUAUCUCCGUGAGGGUGUUUUCUUUUUAGGGGGUUGGUGGUAAGUUGCUUUGAGUUGCCUUGGGCAAGAAAACUCAACCAAUAAAUAAUAACAAGAACAACACAGAGCCGUUGCUAGUGGGGAUCUAGCCAAGGUUUCUGCCCUGGAUGAAGCUUCCAGAGGGGCACCAUUGAGGCCCCUAGCCUCCCAUUUUGUCUGGGCUUCAGCUGGAGAGAAAGAUGAAAAAGAGCAUGGCAUCCACAAGCUCCUUCCCCUUUCUCCAUGAAGCUGAAGAAGGCUUAUUUACAACACAAUUUCAGGGAGAGGGAGAGUCGGAAAAUCUGGAGAGACUGAUUGGCUCUCCCCACUGGAAGCAGAAGAUAGGAUCCCCUGUGGAUUUGCUAGUGUGAGAAAGAAAUUCUGGAGGGGCAGAAAAAUGAGGAAGAGAAUCAGUUGGACUAGAUGAUUCUUAGGGUCCCUUCCAACUCUACAAUUCUAUUGAUUCUACAAUCCCUUCAGAACUUUGAAUGUUUUUCAAUAGCUAAGGUUGAGUCAUUUUCAGACUGUACAUGAUCUACACACAGGAAAGUGUGAGAGCAUUUUUCCUGCCAGAGGCAGUUCCCUGGCAAGCGCUGGUCAGCCUGGCUGCAUUAGGAUUGUAAUGGAAGGGCGCUUUCUACUUUAGACUUGCAAAAGCAUUUCUUCACCUUACCUGGAACCUAAAAUGACUACAAAAUUAUCAUUUCCUAAAAUGAGUAAUCAAACAAAAAUAAAAUUGAAACGAAUCUUGUUGAUGCUUGGGAGUAAAUUUACACGUCAAAACUCCUUGAAAGGGUUUGCACAGAACCAAGAGGAGGGGUGGGUGGCAAAAAACCUCAAAGAGGGGGAAAAUAUUUUUUUUAAGGAAACCAGAGGGUCUUGGCUGAUCUUAUGGAAAUGCAAUCUUUUAAUAAUCCUAUGACCAAAUAAAUCCAAUUCAAACCCUGACCUCAGAUAGACAAUUACUGCACAAGGAAGUUCUACUUUUGACAAACAAUUUGCUUUUACUGGAAGGGAUGCUCGUUUUCCCUUUGGUCAUACAGUCAUAAUACCCCUUAGGAUUCCUUUGAAUUCAAAUAAUACAUUGCCUACUUUUUAUGCCCUUUACGAAUAAAUGUGUUGAGGGGUGGGUGUGUUUGUAUGUAUGUAUGUGUAUGUAUGUACACAAACACACAUCCGGGGGGUUGGGUGCCAAAUGGGGUCUUUGACCCAAUUUAAGAAAGCCUAGUUUCGGUCCUGAACAACAACAACAACAACAAUGUAAGACAGGAAAGGGAUAGCCAACAUCAAGUUCUCAAGGCAUUCUUGGACUGCAGCUCCCAUCAGCCCCUGCCAGCAUGGCCAGUUACUGAAAAUGAUGGCAGAUCCUGGACAUUCAGAAGGUGGCUCGUUGGCUACCUCUCACAGAGGAGUUACUUUUACACUAAAUCAGACUAUUGGUUUGUCCAGUCACUGUGUACUCUGAUGGAAGUGCUCUGGUGGCAGGCAUCUUUUUCUGCUGCCUCAGGUCAUUUGCCCAGUUCUGCCUCUGCUCCCACCCCUGGCCUAUGGCCCUUGGAAGGGAAUGCUGGAGGUUCCUCAGUCCUGGAGAUUCCAAGGCUUGAACCUUGGAGGUCCCAUAGGUGAAGCACGUGCUCUCUUGCUUUGCUGCAGUUGUUGGGACAGGGAACCCAGGGGAUACAGCUUCUACUAUCCUCCCUCUGUGGGGACUACUAGCUUUUGGCGAAAGUUAGCGGAGAUCCAUUCAGCCACCUCCAGCUCCCUUCUCACGGCCUUAUACGUGUUGAUUUAAAGCAGAGUCUGUCGUGCCCAGCGGAAGGAUGAGGAGUACGUGCUCCAUACUCUAUAUUGCUUUAUUUACAGUUCAAAGCUGGUAUAUUACAGAAAGACAUCUUGCCUCUGCCGGAGCAGAGAAAAAUGCAUCCUCUCUCCUCGACAGCUCGGAGAGAAUCACACAGUGAAAAAACAGGAAACCAGUGUACGUCACAUCCAGUCUCCCUUUCCCGUGAGAAACUCCAACAGUACAGACUGUGGAAUGUAAACACCUGUCUCGUGACAAGCAGAUGCUGCUCAGUGAAGGAAAUAGAAACCAACAUCCUCCCCCUUUCUGUGAACAUCACUGGGCAGCGUGUUUGCACAAUAUCAGUACAAACCCAACUUCUGCACAUAGGUACAGUGUUGAUCCCUUGAUACAAUCUUGGACAAUACAUCAGCAGGAAUUUCAUUACCUGGCAUAUAGGACACCGUUACGAGUCCCUUCUGAAUACAUUCCCUAGCAUGCUGCAACUUUAAUUGUAAGUGCUUUGUGCUUUGCUUACAACCUUCAGACUUCAGCAAAGCCAAACAUGCUUUGUUGUCCUGGUAAACCUGGAUUGGACAUUUGACAGGAAUUUUCAUAUCUUUGCACAAUUGUACUAACCAUUCACAAUCCUUAAGUGAAUAAGACAGUGCAUUCAGUUCGGCUUCACAAGUAUUUAAGCUAACUGUUGUUUGCUUCUUGCAUGACCAAUCAAACAGACUCUGAUUGUACAUGUAGCAAACUCCAGACGUACUUUUCCUGUCUGUAGCGUCACUUCCAAAACUUGCAUCUGCAAAUAUCUCAAGACCACCAGACUUCUGAUUGUUAAAUCUCAGUCUGUAAUGCAUAGUGCCUUUCAAAUACCGCGCUAUGCGUUUCAGAGCUUUCCAAUGCUUGACACUAGGAUUGUUGACUUGUCUGCUUAGCAAAUUACAGCUAACAGCAAUGUCUGGUCUUGAACAUCUGGCAAUGAAGUUUAGCUUGCCUAGCACACUCCUGUACAGUGUAGUGUCAGAAAAUGCUUCUUCAGUGUCAUCUACCUGAUAACCUGUUGUCAUCGGUGUGUCUACAGGGUUAGCAUCCAUCAGAUUUAGUUUGCUUAACACAUCAGCAAUUUUCCGUGACUGGUGUACUAGAAUGUUACCAUCUUGAUCUCUCUCUAUUUCCAGAGAUAGGUAGUUGUUUACCUCACCAAGAUCUUUCAUGUCAAAGUGCUCUUUCAGUUGAGCUAGGGCGCUAUUGUACAUUGCAACAUCUUUCCAAAAGAAUAAUAAAUCAUCAACAUAAAACAAACAGUACAGUUUCUUUUGCCCCUCCUCUUUGACAAAUACACAUGGAUCAGCUUUCCUUGCUGAAAACCUAGAGAAAACAAUACUUCAGUGAGUUUUGUGUGCCAACACCGUGCACUUUGUUUGAGACCAUAAAGGGAUUUCUUCAGAGCACAAACAAAUCCCUGUUUUACCUGUACGCCAUCAGGUGGAAGCAUAUAAAGUGAUUCAUCUAGAGAUCCGUACAGAAAAGCUGUAUUAAUAUCAUGGUGACUAAUGUGUAGAUUUUCCUCUGCAGCUAGCUUGAGCAUAAGCCUAAUGCUUUCAUAUCUCACUGUGGGUGAAUAGGUCUCGUGAUAGUCUUGACCUGGUACCUGUGCAAAACCUCUGGCUACCAAUCUGGCUUUGUGUCUGACUAUCUUGCCAUUUUGAUCUGUCUUCGCUUUGAAGACCCAUUUGCUUCCAAGCAGUUUCAUUCCUGGAACUACUGGAACUAGCUCCCAUGUUUUGUUCCUUUCUAAGGAAUCAAGCUCAGCCUUCAUGGCAUUUAACCAUGGCUCAGCUUCCUUUGAAUCCAAACCCUGGAUUUCUUGGAAACUUGAAGGUUCAAAUACCUUCUUGGAGCUUUUAACAGCUGUUACUGCUAUCGUAGCAAACUCAUCAGCAAAUCUCUUUGGAGGUUUGCCUUUGUGGCUCUCUGUGACCUACGAAUUAGCCUUAAGUCUUCAACACUCUCCUCUUCCUUCUUAGGAGAAAACGACCUAUUGUGAACAAUGGUUCCUCCAAUUCUUGAUCAGAGCUUUCAGAGGGUCGCAUAGAGGCUUUCGCACUCUUGAAAUCCUCUGAAUCACCCGAUUCAGUUUCAGAUUCAGACUCAGAACCUUCAUCAGUGGGUGUGGGCUGUUGUGGUUGCUUUUGACUAUCCUCAGUCUCAUCACCGUCAUCAGGAUAACAUUGGAAAAUUCCCACAUUCUCCACCCACUUUGCAUUGUACUCAACACUUCUCGUGAGCUUAAUUGUCUUAGAGUCAGUCAUCAUUAUUCUGUAAGACCCUUUCUGAUAACCUAGAAAGAUACCAUGCAAUCCACGCUUGUCUAACUUGGAGUUUUGUGGUGAGCGAACCCACAUGUCAGAACCAAAAUCUUCAUGUGUUUGAUGUAUGGCUUCUUGCCAAACAUCUUCUCAUAGGGUACAACCAAUCGCUGAAGAUAACCUGCGAUUGUAACUGUAAACAAAACACGAGAGAGAUUCGGCCCAAUAACUCUCUGGAAGAUUGGCAUCAUGCAGCAAGGUUUUUAACCCUUGAAGCAAAGUCUGAUUUGCCUGCUCCGCAAGUCCAUUCUGCCAUGGCGAGCGAGGACUAGACAAAUCGUGUUGAAUUCCUUUCUCAGUCAGAAAAGCUUCAAACUGCUGAGAAGUGAAUUCCCCCGCGAUCACUGAAAAGAGUCUUUAUCUUCUUACCAUGCACAUUUUCCAACCAAGCACAGAAUUCCUUGAACCUAGGAAAAGCCUCCGAUUUCUGCUUGAGAUUGUACACAAAAAUAUAUCUAGAAAAUGCAUCAAUGAGAACCAUGAAGUAUCUAUUUCCACCCAAAGAGGGCGCUAGUGGUCCAACCAAAUCAGCAUGAACAACCUGGUAUGGUUCUGUAGCUGUCCUACUAGACACCUUACCUUUCGCAGCCAUUUUCACUUUGUUUGCUGCGCAUGCUUUGCACUUCAUGUGGUACCUGCAGGGUUUAAUAGUCAUACCUUCAACCAAGGCAGGCAUUUUAGAUACUGCCUCAAAAUGCAAAUGACCAAAUUUUCGAUGAAAAUCGUGAAUACAUUCUGCAUGCAAACUUUUGUUAGAACCUGCAAUGCAACAAGUGUCAUCCUGCACCACAUCAUCAUAAUACAAAACAAACAAACGAUCAACAUAUUCUGCAUGCAAUACAUAAUCAUUUUUCUUUGUGAUGAUGCACUUCUUGUUCUUGAAGGAAACGUCAAUGUUCCGCUCAUUCAGCUGUCCAACGCUGAGCAGAUUAUGUUUGGCGUCUGGCACGUAAAGCACAUUCUGUAUCGAUAAGUCCAAACUGUGAAGAACAACAGUUCCGUAGCCUUUACUGGGAAUAGUGUGGUCAUCCGCCUGGUGAAUCGCACCUUCCUGCGGUGUAAAAGACACAAACAGUCUCUUAUCGUUGCACAUGUGGUGGGUGGCCGCUGAAUCAACAACGAAGAAAGAUCUAGACGUCUUCUGGACCUCUGCAACCUUUGGAGUGAAGCGUGAAACCAUAGCCUUGUGCUGCGUUGUCCUAGACACCGGACCUUGCCUUUGCCUCGGCCUUUUCCGCGCGAUGAGCUUCGCUGCGCUGCUCUGUCUUGGCCCUGGGAUGUCUGCAUUCCUCUUCAUAUGGCCUAGACGUCCACACGAGUAGCAUUUCACUGCCUUCAAAGCUUUGGCGCCAUCUGGUGGUUCCACUGCACUAUGGGAUGACGUCUGUGAAGACUCCCUUGCCCAUGCAGCUAGCACCCCGGCGAUCUGCUUCAUUUAAAAUCACGGCAGUAACAAAGUCCACUGUCAGCUGAGCAGUUGGUUGCACAGCAAUCUGGGUUGCAACAGACUCCCAACCUGAACCCAAAGAUUGUAGUAUCAUGAAAGAAUACACAGCCUCUGGAAAGUUGAGUCCUCUCUGUUGCAGCUCAUGUCUCAGAUUUUGCAUCUCCAUUAGAUGUAAACGCACAUCUCCACCUUCAGCAAGAGCCAUAUUAUGCAGCUUGUUAAAAUAAAACAUAGUGGAUCCAGCUUCUGUCCUUAAGUGAGCCUCUCUCAGAGCGUCCCAAAUUUCUCUGGCUGAGGUCUUAUCACGCAAUAGACAGAGCUCUUCUGGGGAUACUAUCAAUGUAAGAGUUCCCUUGCUUUGGAAUCCUUAGCUUCCCAUGCAUCUGUAACCGGAACUGGGGGGGUUCCUGUAAUCACCUCAAACAAACCCUCUUCCGCAGAAUUGCCUCUGCAUACUGAACCCAGUCGCUGUAAUUUUUCUUGUUGAGCUUAGGAAUCCCACAAGCAUCCUGAAGGGCCAUCAUGACUCUGGCAUUAGCCUUCAGCGUCAUAUAUAUGCUGCUUUAAAUCUUGCUGCGUCACUGCUGCAGCUGCCUUAUUACAAAGGCGCACUUAAAAGUUACUUCGAUUUCCCAGCAUAGUGACUUGUGCCUGGGAGCCUUUUGCCUAUUCCCGGCAAACCGGCUUUAAAAGUUCAAAGUCCAGCCAUAAAGCCAUUAACUUGAAGCUGGCAGGCUGCCCGGAGCAGUAGCACAUACCUCAUCAAUCACUUCUACGCGCAGAGCAGAUUCCGUUCCGAUCUGUCCCUCUGCAUUCCGAUCCUUUGCCGGCACUCCGAUUCGACCUCUGGGCCCAUAACCACGUGUUGAUUUAAAGCAGAGUCUGUCGUGCCCAGCGGAAGGAUGAGGAGUACGUGCUCCAUACUCUAUAUUGCUUUAUUUACAGUUCAAAGCUGGUAUAUUACAGAAAGACAUCUUGCCUCUGCCGGAGCAGAGAAAAUGCAUCCUCUCUCCUCGACAGCUCGGAGAGAAUCACACAGUGAAAAACAGGAAACCAGUGUACGUCACAUCCAGUCUCCCUUUCCCGUGAGAAACUCCAACAGUACAGACUGUGGAAUGUAAACACCUGUCUCGUGACAAGCAGAUGCUGCUCAGUGAAGGAAAUAGAAACCAACAAUACCACCAGGCCCAAGUACCAUAUUUGUCCUCCUAGCCCAGUACUGUCUUCUUCAGCCUCUGCCAACCCUGGUGCUCUCCAGAUGUUUUGAACUACCAUUCCCAUCAUCCUCAACCAGCAUGGCUUUUCUGAUUGAAACGGAUGGAAGCUUUACUCCGAAGCCCCUGGGUGGUGCACCAGGUUGGCAGUGGCUGCUCUGCUCUGACUAAAAGUGGCUCUCCAUACAUGCAUACAAACACACACACCCCUCAACACAUUUAUUCGUAAAGGGCAUAAAAAGUAGGCAAUAUAUUAUUUGAAUUCAAAGGAAUCCUAAAGGAGAAUGUUAGCCGCUUUGAAACUCCUUCGGGUAGUGAUAAAGCGGGAUAUCAAAUCCAAACUCUUCUUCGUCUUCUCUCCAGGGACUUGGGCCCUUAAAAAUAAAUAAAUCAAUAAAUUUUGUUAGAGUUUAUAGAGAAAAAUACAAAACUUAAUAUCAAAUAUCUUUUUAACCCAACAUUAGUCUAAACAAGAUAAAAACGUAGUGGAAAAGGACAAAAAAGAAAAAAGAGAGGGGGAGAGAGAGAGAAAGAGAGAGAAAGAGAGAUAGGGAAAAGCUUUAAAAAGCUGUAAAAAACAGGUCUUUCCUUCACCUGCUACCUCCUUUUUUACCUCCCUAGCUGGAAAUGCUAAGGAAUGGACCUGGGACCUUCUGCCUGCAAAGUCUGGGCUCCAGACACAGAGAAAGCUGCCCGACACUUGGGUGAGACCCUUAGUCCAUCUCACCCAGUGUUGUCUGCAUUGGCCGGCAGUGAUUCUCUCUCUUUUUUUUUUUUAAUAAAAUAUUUAUUGAAAUUUUCAAAGUGUUACAACAUAAAAUAAAAGCAAAAGAAAAUACAAAAUAAAAAUAGUUAACAAAGUAGAAAAAGAAAAAAAACAAACCCCUUCCAACCAUACGAAUACAAAUUCAAAAAUAAGAAAAAAAAGACAGAGAAGGAAAAAAAAUACAAUUUAAGAACAUUUAAAAACAAAUUCAUUAUUCUCGAAUCCUCAACUGUCAUUACCUUCUUUCUUUGACCUCCUCCUCCUCCCUUUCUUUGUAUCCUAGUUAUUAAUUAUCCCAGCAAAUCCUUUCCAUAUUUCAUAAUAUUCUGUCAUUACAUUACCCUAAACAGUUUUAAUCUUAUCUUUCUAUAAGAAAAUAAACCUUAAAGCUUAAAACUUAAAUCUUAUCCUUACCAACUUCUCAUAACCAUAAUAUUCUUUCAUAAUUCUUUAAACAUCUUUACUAAAGCCGAGUAAUUUCAUUCCAACAUUUUUCUGACAUUCAUCAAUUUUAUAAAACAGUUCUAAUGGUAGAAAAAGAAAUACAAACAGAUCCAAUCUUCAUCCAACGUCCCUUCCUCCUGGUUCCGGGUUUUGUCAGUCCUUAUUAUCCCAUCGAUCUGGCCCAUUAACCUGGCAACCUUAUAUCCGAGGCCCUCAAGUCUCUUCCAUGUCCCUUCCGCAGCUCUUCUUCAUAUUUGUAACUGUAUUUUCCCUUGUCUCCUGCUCGUGGUAACUCCAGCUUGGCAAUAUUUUUAACCCUUCUCGACAGAUCAGCCCCUUUUCCAUAUUCAGCACUAAAUUCCAUAUGGUAUUUAAAAGCAUGUUUCAAAGACCCUCCAAAAUUAAGAGCCCCCACAAUCCCAAACAUCUCACGGCCCAUUGCCAGAUUUGAAAAGUCCAAACAUCCCAGCAUAGGGGGGUCAAUCCAGCCCCCCAUUUCCAAGCCAAACCAAACUUUUUCUUUCCAAAUCUGGCUUUUUCCAAGUUCAUUUGUCAAAUCCGAAAACUCAUAUUCCUGUUGGGCCUGUUCUGUCAGGACACACUCCUGAUUUAAUUCCUGGGUGGGCUCCACAUAUUUUCCCACUGUCUGUUCAAAAUUUCCCACUGCCUGUUCAAAAUUUCUAGUCGAAGUCGUCAUCAAAUUCACCUUCUCAUGUAACUGUUCCAGUAGGGCAUUUGUUUUGUAGAAAGCACACAACAAAGCUUCUGAAUACAUUGUCCUGCAAGGUCAAAUGCCUAUUCCCACGAUUGUAAUCUGUAAACAGCUGCCGGCUCCCUGGAGUUGGUUACAGUUUCACAGUCUCCCUCUAGGGGGAAACUUCUAUUUGAUCUUGCAACAAAGUUUCCUUUUUGAGAUACUUUGUCAAUAUUUGUUCCUUUGAAAUGCGAAGGGAAACAGUGGAAUCACUAUGUUUCUCUUCUUUUAGCUAUCUGUCAAAAACGUUUGUCUCUGGUCAAUGAACUUCAAACGUCAGUCCUGACACCCAGCUCCAGGAUCAGGAUGGAGGAAAGUUGCUUUACUUUAAACUCACUUUAAACAGUCCAAAAAAAAAAUCCCCCUUCUUCUCCUGUCGAAGGGGGGUUCCACAAUUUUAAAUGAUGAAAUCCAAUCCUUUAAAAGCGAUUUUCUGAGCUCUAGUUUACGUUGUCUUUGCUUUAUUCUGUCUACAGAAGAACGGAAGGCUGACUUCCUGUUUAGACCUUCCCGUUCCGUACCAAAUUGAAAUAAAUUUUUAAGAUCCAAUUCCUUUCUGCUCGCAAGUCCCCAUCUAAUGUCCAGUUGUUCAAAGUCUAAGUACUCACGGGUGCUUAUUUUAGAGUCCAAAUUGUCCCAGGAAAAGGGCAGCGCUCUCCGGCAAGGGCUAUGCGGCUUCGCUCCACGGAAAUAGCAGUUGACUCACAGCACCGCGCCACUCCCCCUCUUCACUUCGGAGCCCGUUAGUGGGUUCCUUAGCGAGUUGGGGGGGCGCUAAAGGUGCCCGCCGAGUCCCAUGGUCACAGGCUUCAUCCGCCUGUGAUUUUUAAAAGGGUCCCCGCUUCGCCGUAGCGGAGAAGACCCGUUUCCCGCGGAGCUAGUCCCUCCAGUUCAGAGGGAGUCCCCCAUUGCCGAUGGCGCCACCCCGGAAGUCGGCCGGCAGUGAUUCUCCAGGGUUCCAGCAGUGGUCUCUCCAGGCCUACAUUAAGAUGCUUGGGAUUGAACUUGGUACCUUCUGCAUGCAGAGCAGGUGCUCUGCCACUGAGCUACGGACCUUCCGCCAUGAAGGGGCCCUUCUGCUGCCCAUUUAAAAAAUGGCAAUUCUGCCGUGAGGAGGAGCUCUCUGAGCCUUACUCUGAACUUCCUUCACCAGACUUGGAACUGGCGAUCUCACGGGUUCUCUCUCCUCAGAUUCCACCAAUCAGUACAUCCGUGGGCGUGGAGAUGUCCUGCCUGUGGAUGGCAUCUACCCCUCAGGGCUGCGCUCGGCGCUGGUGCUGAUAGGCGUAUACAACCGUCACUCAGGCGAGCCUGUCCUGGGCAUCAUCAAUGAGCCCUUCUUCCAGGAAAAGCUACCAGCACGCAGGUAACAGCACCACCACAGGGCACUCUUCCACAGGUGGGCUAGCCCAUUGGGUACCCAUCAGCGCAUGCUGAUGGAAGAGGCUUGACCCAGACUCACUACUGUGAAGCUUCGCUUUAAUCCAUGUUUCAUCUAGAGAAGUUGUUGCUUUUCAAUUCCACUGCUCAAGUGGGGAGGCGUGGCAUCAGGGCCGUCUUUACCCCGGGGGUGCAAGGGGUGCGGGGCACCCAGGUGCUGACUUCUGGGGGGUGCCAGGCACCCGCCGCUGAAGCCGCCUAAGCUCUUAACUAUCUACCUGUUAUGAAAUAAUAAAUAUUUUCAAAGCCAGACGCUGCUGCCACCUCCACCCUGGCCGCUUUCUCCUCCCUGGAGUCCCACCCUGCGUGGAGAGGCGUUGCUCUCUCGCCCACCUUUGGUUCGGUUACUGCGUCCCUCUUCUUCUCUUUCCUCCUCCUGGGGAGCUUUUAAAAGCACCUGGAUGUGAAGCUGCGUGCCUUUGUGGAGCUCGGGCACCCAGUUCUUGAGGGACAACAGCAGCGAGACUCAGAAGAGCAGGAUGCCGCCGCUGCCGCCAUGGCCUCACCUGCACCCACCGAGAAGUAUAUCUUGGGAGUAGAUGUGGGCAGCACUAAAUUUGGGGGCACUGGGCGGAUCUUUGCACCCCGGCGGCACAUAUUCUAAAGACAGCCCUGCUUGGCGUUAUCAGCUGAUCUAGCCCAUGUCUGCAUAUGAACCCCUCUCAAGCCAGGUGUGUGUCUCAGGGAUAGAGCGCAUCUUAUGCAGCAGCAGGUCUAGAUGCCACCCCCAGCAUCACCUGCCUGAAACUCUGGAGAACCCCUGCCCAUCAGUGGGGACAAUCCUAAUCUAAAUGGACCAAGUGUCUGGCUUGGUAUAAAACUGCUUCCUGUGUUCUUAAUGCAUACCGACUGCACCCGUGCAGAUACAUCUUGCUACAUGCAAGGAGUGUACAGUGCCUCCAAAAAUUCCAGCUCUCAGUCUGGCUAUUAAAAAUACCCUGCUGAGCUGAUUCCAGGGCAUUUUGUCCCAUCCCUUAGAAUAAUAGAAUGGUUGAAUUUUAGAGUUGGAAUGUACUUGGAGCUCAUCUAGCCCAACCCCCUGCUCAAGACAGGGCAUCCUUGGUCGUCCUCUUAUCCCAGGCCUCCAUCCCAGUUGUGUUUUUCUUUUCUAGCAAUCAGUGUGCUGCAGCCUCUCACUUUGGCUUUCCACUCACACAGCACUGAUGACCACCUCAUUCAUCUUCCUUGCAUCAAGGUUCUUGUUGGGGAUGGGGGAAGCAGCAUCAAUUGGUUGCUGUCUCCACCAGGUCCUAGCGUGGCGUGACUCUCUGGUGCUUUUCCUGGCUAGCCUUCUCUGACACGUCCCUUUUUUUUUGCAGGUGGCAGAGCAAAUAUCACUGGGGCAUCUCCUAUGGGGGCACCCGCCUGAGCUCGCUAAGCCGGCCCCAGCUGCGGACUUCCCCUCGUGUGGUCCUCAGCAGCAAUGAGAAAGUGGCGCUGCAGGAAGCCCUGACCCCCCUGUAUGGGCAGCAGCUGUGCUUUGCCUCCGGUGCCGGGUACAAGAUGCUGUGUGUGGCGCUGGGGCUGGCCGACGCCUACGUCCUCUCGGAGGGCAGCACCUUUAAGUGGGACUCCUGCGGCCCCCAUGCCAUCCUGCUAGCCCUUGGCGGAGGCAUGGUUGACCUUUCGGAGGCCUUGAAGUCCUGGCAGGCUGGGCAACGCAAGCCGCUACCGGAACUGACCUACAACAAGCCUGUGGAGGGCGCUCUGGGGGCUGAGCGCUGGGCCAACCAAGGAGGGCUUGUGGCCUACAUCCACCGGGAGCAUCUGGAGGCUGUGAUGGCCACUCUGGCAGCUGCAGCAAACACCUUCUAA